ACGACCUCGGAUUCCUAGACUCACAUGUGCCAAGAAACAAACAUUCAGACGCAGGAUCACGUGCGAAGCAUAUUUAUAACGCUGAAUUGGAGCGACUUCAGAAGUAAAUAAAUAAAAUAAGUAAAGGUUAUAAUUAGACAGCUACUUGAAAUUGUGUAGCAGUAAGCUAUUAAGACAGCAGUGGAAAUUUAAAGGAAAAAGAAACCUACUGUACCCACAGUAAAGAGAAUGGCAGUCCUCAAGAAGGCUGCAGCAGCUCCAGGAGAGAAGGGAUCUCUUCAAAAUGGAGGUAGGAAGAAGGCAAGGGGAAAGAAGAAAAAAGCCGACUUAGUAUCAGUAGAAAAGAAGGAACCUUCUGUAGAGAAGAAUGAAGCCCCUUUAAAGCCAGUGGAAGUCGAGAAGAAAGCAGAUGCUCCAGCUAAUGAAGUAAAGGCAAAGAAGAAAGAGGAGGCCAAGUUAGUAGCUGUAGAAGAGAAAAAUGGUGCCUCAGAAAUGAUAGGAGUCCAGGAAGAGACUGUAGAUGCUUCAGGAGAGAAUAAGGUAUCACCUGAAAAUGAAAAAAAGAGAAAGAAGAUAAGGGGGAAGAAGAAGAAGAAAUCUGAUGUAGAGAAGAAGGACGAAAAUACUGCUCCAGCAAAGAAGAAAAAGCCCAGGAGGAGGAGGUCUAAGAAGAGGAAAGCUGCUACAGAGAACCCUGAGGACGAUGCAAAUGAAGCAAAGAAAGCAAAGCUAGAUGUUCCAGAUGAGAAGAUGACUCUAGAUGGAGACCUGUUGAGUAUAUAUGAGACAAGAAGGGAUGAGGAUUUUAAAAGAUGUCUCUAUGUCAUGAUGAAGAACUUCAAGAAGACUUACUACAAGGAUCCGCCUCCAAUUUUUGAAAGUGCCCAGCAUCUCAGAUUUAGUGGGUCGAAAGGAUUAGUCUUCCUAGUAUACAAGACAGAGGAGGAAGCAGAGAGGAUGAAAAAAGUAUUAGAUAACCACAGAUUGAUACAAGACACAAGAUUUGCAGGCAUGAAAGGUUGUCAUGGCAUUCGAGAGGAUGAGAUUGUUGUGAAUCCAUAUAAACUGGACAUUGAAAACGUACCAGGCAAGAUAAAGUAUGAAGAUUUGGAAAAGACAUUUCAAACAGCAAUGGAGAUCAAUUACAAGCGUGGGAGUUGUUUUGCAAAUUUGAUCUACAAAACAAAAGAGGAUGCUGAGGAGGCCUUCCGAUGUGCGGAAAACGUUGAGAUUGACGGCGUUAAGCUUACUGUCCUUUACCGCAAGUGUGACAAAGGAAAGGGAAGACCACAUUUAAAACCAAAGAAGGGAAAAUUCAAGGCAAAAAAGGUUGACAUUGAUCAUAUACUAUCGUAAUUUUUGUGAGAAAAAAUAUAAAAGCAGAUUGAAAAUUAUUUAAACCACAGAGGCAGACAAAGACAGAGAGGAAAUUAAUGAUAAAGAAAUGUGAAAUGUUUUCUAAUAAAUAGAUUUGGGGUUA